AUGCAAGCCAAAGUGGUCCUUUUGCUGUUAUUUGCUGGUGUUGCGCUGGCUAUGAAUAUUGAUCAUGCUCAAACUCAACUGACACCCGAAGAAAUCCAACGUUUGUUCGACGGAUGGUUCAACAACGUGAACAUCAACUUCAAACCAUUCGGUAAACGUGAUUUGAAAGAUAUGACAGCAGAAGAAAUCCAACGUUUGUUCGACGGGUGGUUUAACAACGUGAACAUCAACUUCAAACCAUUCGGAAAACGGGAAACAGAAGUACCAGAUACUCGCAAAGAUUGGACAGACGAGGACUUCUGUCGAAUUCACGCGAAUGAACAUCGUCAGGAUUUAGAUAGACGAAUCGACGAAUUAUCAAUCGAUCAUGAUCAAUUGCAACAGAAUCUAAUAGAACAAUUUGAUGCAAAGUGUCAGACAUUGCUUUUCAAACAGAUCGAUCAAUGGGAACAAAGUUCAAUUGAGAAGAUUCAUCAAUUCGCCGAUGAAACUCGAAACGAGAUCAAACAGAUUUGUUCUGAACAGGAGACAAAUCUAGCAAAACGUCUCAAGACUCUCACCGAUGAUAUAAAACAAUCUCGGGAAGACGAUAAUUUCUUCGAAGCAGAAAUCCGCGAAUGGAAAACGAAAUUAAAUGAGCUAAAAGAGGAUUUAAUCAAUUGCAGAGCGGCCAGCAUCGAACCAAUCGAUGAUGUGAUACGAAUUAUUCCAAAGCUUCUAAUUACCAUCUGUAAUGAUGGAAUUUUUGAUCAAACAACUGAACAUAUUCAGAUUGUCGAUAACGGAAAAGCGAUUGUUCAUAGUCAUCAGACGAGCAAUCACGCCGGCGCACGUGUGCAGCAGGAAUUUCUGCGAGGUCAACACCGAUUUCGAUUUCAGAUUCAGCAUCUUAAUGAGAAUAAAUGGAUCUUUUGCGGAAUUGUAUCAAAAAGCGUGCCGUUAAUCAAUACUUGCCAUAACAGUUCAUCGAGUUAUGGUUGGUCUUCAACAAAUCAAGUUUACCUAAAUGGAAAAAACCAGACAGGACAGAAAAGUUACAAAAGCGAUAUGGACUUGGAUGAUAUUCUGGAAUUCGUUAUCGACUGUGAUCGACAGAAGAUUCGUUUGAUCAAUGAACGAACCCAGAGUAGAUAUGAACUAAAUAUUAAUUUAAAUCAUUGUCCCUUUCCCUGGAAAUUGCAGUUCAAUUUACAUUUCUUCAACGAUCGAAUUCGUUUUCUUGCAUUUUAA